ACAGUAAGAUGUGAUGCGCAUAGUGGCGAGGCGCGUUGUUUAUCAUUGCGGGUCUAUAUAAGCGUCUGAACGGACCGGCGUGCUCAUACAUUAACGGAAUACACCACGCUACUAGUACACAAGCGAUUCCUCCACACUAUUUCAAAAUGAAACUACUGAAAAUGAUUGUGUUUGCAUUCUUCGCACUCCUGGUGGUUGCAGUGAGGUCCAAUCCCCUACCUUUCGAAACUGUACAUGAGCUGGAAGAGUCGUGUGUGAGACAAGGUGGUCUCUGCGUCAUGAAAUCUGACUGUCCACCCGAAAACAUCGUGUUCCUUUCUGGCACACUCUGUCCAAAACAACAACACUUAGGCGUCACGUGCUGUUACUUGUGAGCUGAACAUGACAGCAGCAGACUCCAUCCGCGUACUUACCUAUAAUUAAUUGUUAAGGAUUUAAUACUUAAUUAGCUGUAAGGUAAUUUAAGCUCCUGUAAGAUUUACUUAAUUACCUAGUUACUGGUCCGUGCUAUAUCAGAAACUCAUUAUGAGUCUUUAUUAUAAUAAUGAAUUAAGAAUCUCCGCUUGAAAUGUGUGUCCGCCUGUCCGUUUUUUCGUCACACAAUCUUAUUACAAUGAACUACGUAAAUAUUUGUAACCUCAUAGUGUCAAAAACAAUUUAAAUGUAGCUUUCUAUAUUUACUUAUGAAACGAUUGGUUUCGACUUUAUAGACUAGUAAAUAGGUACAAAAUAAUAAAUAAUUGGCUGUAGGGAUGUUUGGUGAACGUCGUAUACAUAGCAAACCAUUCAAUGUUGUUAUCAUGAAAACUAAAUGUGGGUUUAAAAUCAC